UGGCUUUAACGUGACGUGGUGCAGCUGUCUGAACUCUGGGAGCCACCAACAAGCUUUAAAAGCUGUAGAAGCAGAGAGACAGCCACAGUUUACAUCAACUUACGCUUGUACGAGUACUCUACCUCCCUCCAUCUCACCCAUCACCAACAACAAGUCUGGUUGAAGCCUUCGUACGGUGUGUGAUAGCUCAAGAUGUCAACCAAGAUCCUGUCUCUGGUGUUGGGAGGUCUGGCGCUCUCAUUCUUUCUGACCAUCAUCGGGAACGCUAUGGCCCAGGAUAUUUGUACAGAUAACCCGGAUACUUUUGACUGUGAUGGUAUCUGUAGGCACAACAACUGCACAGAAAAUGAGGAGAAUCUGAAUAUGAGUUGUGGUGAGAACGACUGUGUGUGUUGCCAACCAAUUCCUAUAAUAUGCGAGGGCACUGUAUGCGAACAUAUACCUGUAGGAACGAAGGAAGCCGUAAAUGGGACCUGCAGGAAGCUUAAGUGUGAAGCUGGUGAAGUAGUAAUGAAUAUGUGUGACGGUGGCUGCGCGUGCUGCGUCCAGAGCACACUUUUGUUUUAAGUACAAGAAGAAUCAUGACUGACAAUGAACGGCUAAGGACCAUCUUAUUUGGAAUAUUCACAAAAUGGACGUUUACGACCCGUGUUUUCUCGGCUAUUUAUACUUUAGAAUUUAGACCAAGAAUCUCGCCUUAUGCAUUCCUCUGAGGACAAGCAAAAUAUCACCUGAGCCCACGAGGAAUCAUCA